AACCACCCUGUGAGGUAGGUUGGGCUGAAAGGCAGUGACUGGCCAAAGGUCACCCAGUGGGCUUCUUGGUUGGGUAGCAACUAGAACCCUAGUCUCUUCCAGGUCUUAGCUCUACACCAAACCAGCUCCCUUCUGACCUUCAACCAGGUUGAAGGCUUUGAUCCAUGGCCCACACAUGAAGGAACCUCUCCAGAAGCUCAUCUUAGAGUCCUCUUGUCAUUCACCUGCCCUUCGUUCUGAUGGGUGGCUGGACUCAUUCACAUUUCCUUAGGGAAAUUUUCAUGUCCCGACAGCAUAAUUCACUCACCCUACGUCUUGAAUUUUUAGGACUUGGCAGUGACUCCAGUAACAGCAGUCUUCGGCAGAAGCAAGAGAAGCUUCUUGGACCCUGUUGGAGGGAACAGAGAUCAAAGAUGGAAGAGAAAGACUCAGCUGGGCCUGAAGCAGUAAGAGGUCUGUUUAUCAUCCAGGCCAGGAGCCCUGGGGAACCGUGGGAAAGAACAGGAUGGAAGAUUCCAGGUGAGGACACCGUCAGCGCAAAUGUGCAAUGCCAGAAGUUCAGGCAUUUCCACUACCAGGAGGCUGAGGGGCCCCGAGAGGUUUGCAGCCGACUUCACCAUCUUUGCCGUCAGUGGCUGAAGCCGGAGAGACGCACCAAGACUGAGAUGCUGGACCUGGUGAUCCUGGAGCAGUUUCUGGCUGUUCUCCCCCCAGAGAUGGAGAGAUGGGUGAAGGAGUGUGGAGCAGAGACCAGUUCCCAGGCGGUGGCCCUGGCCGAAGGUUUCCUCCUGAGUCAGGCAGAGGAGAGGAAGCAGGCAGAGCAGCAGGUUACAGGUCUAUUUGCCAAAGCUGGCCUGGAUUUCCUAGAGGCAGAGAGGGCUCCAUCAGACACUGGACAGGAGCCACUGGGUGAUGAAAUGAUGCUGGCAAGACCUCAUCAGCCAUCUCUGCUUCGUGGUGAAGGGGAAGCAGUUGCCAUUGAACUGGGUCAGAGUCCCGUGUCCUUUGAGGAGGUGGCUGUGUACUUCACCAAGGAGGAGUGGGCACUUCUGGAUCCUGAUCAGAGAGAUCUGCAUAAAGAAGUCAUGGAGGAGAAUUGUGGGAUGGCAACCUUUCUUGCAUGUGAAAAAAGCUUUUGUCAAAGUUUUAGCCUCACUACCCCUCAAAGGAUCCACAUUGGGGAGAAGCCAUAUAAAUGUUUUGGAGGUGCAAAGCGCUUAAAUGAGAAGACAGGCCUCAUGACACAUCCAAGAAUUCACACAGGAGAGGAACCACACCAGUGCUUGGAGUGUGGAAAGAGCUUCAGUGAUAUGAAAGCUUUCACUACUCAUCAAAGAACCCACACUGUGGAAAAGCCAUAUAAGUGCUUGGAGUGUGGAAAGAGCUUCCGACAGAACAUAACUCUCAGCUAUCAUCAAAAAACUCACACAGGGGAAAAACCCUAUGAAUGUUUGGACUGCGGAAAGAGCUUCAUUCGAAAGAUAAAUCUCACUUAUCAUCAAAGACUUCACACAGGGGAGAAACCGUAUCAGUGUUUGGAAUGUGGAAGGAGCUUCAUUCGAAAGAUAAACCUCACUUCCCAUCAGACAAUCCACACAGGAGAGAAACCAUUUCAGUGCUUGGAGUGCGGGAAGAGCUUUAGACAGAAUAUAACUCUCAGUAAUCAUCAAAGACUACACACAGGAGAGAAACCCUAUCAGUGCUUGGAGUGUGGAAAGAGCUUCAUUCGGAAGACUGAUCUUAGUUAUCAUCAAAGAAUCCACACAGGGGAGAAACCUUAUCAGUGCCUGGUGUGUGGAGUGAGCUUUACACGGAAAAGGCACCUCACGUCUCACCAAACGAUUCACACAGGGGAGAAACCAUAUAAAUGCCUGGAGUGUGGAAAGUGCUUUCGCCUGAACAGAGACCUCAUUCCUCAUCAAAGAAUUCACACUGGGGAGAAACCGUAUCACUGUUUGAAGUGUGGAAAGAGUUUCAAUACAAACGCAAACCUCCGUUGUCAUGAGAGAGUUCACACAGGAGUAAAACCAUAUAAAUGUACGGAGUGCGGGAAGAGCUUCAGUGCGAAGAAAACACUAAUUUCCCAUCAAAAAAUGCAUACAGGGGAAAGUGAUAUGAAUGUUUGCAGUGUGGAAAGAGUUUCCACACUGACAACCUCCACUGACAGAGCUAGCAUGGGACGUUUUGCUCCUGAUGUGGAGCAAGAAAUGGAGGUCCCGUCCCUGGGUCCUGUGACCUUUGAAGAUGUGGCUGUGUAUUUCACGGACGAAGAGUGGGCGCUGCUAGAUUCCAGCCAGAGAGCUCUGCAUAACAAGGUCAUGGAGGAGAACUGUGGGAUCAUGACCUCUCUCAAAGGUGAUGAACUGGAAAUGAAGAAUAAGGAAGACUACAACAAACUCCUCACAGUGGAGAAGCCAUGUAAAUAUCUAGAGAGUGGAGGGAGCUUUGGCCAGAGUCUCCAUCUUCACAGAGGGGAGAAACCAUAUAAGUGUUUGGAAUGUGGAAGGAGUUUCACUUGGAAGAAAAGCCUCACCUCUCAUCAAAGAAUUCAUGCGGGGGAGAAACCACAUCAGUGCUUGGAAUGUGGAAAGAAGUUUUAUACAAGCACAAGCUUUCAUCGUCACAGAAGAAUUCACAGUGCGGAGAAACCAUUUCAGUGUUUGGAGUGUGGAAAGAGCUUUAACAGAAGCACAAACUUCUAUCGCCACCGUGUUAUUCACAGUGGGGAGAAACCAUUUCAGUGUUUGGAGUGUGGAAAGAGCUUUGUUCGGAAGAGCGAUAUCACUUCCCAUCAAAGAAUUCACACCGGGGAGAAACCAUAUAAAUGUUCGGAAUGUGGAAAGAGCUUUAUUCAGAACUCCCAGCUCACUUCCCAUUUAAGAAUUCAUACAGGGGAGAAACCAUAUCAAUGUCUAGAAUGUGGAAAGAGCUUCAACAAAAGCACAAACUUCCAUUCUCAUCAAAAAAUCCACAGCGGGGAGAAGCCCUAUCAGUGCUUGGAAUGUGGAAACACAUUCCGCCAGAAGAAAAAUCUCACUUCCCAUCAAAGAAUUCACAGUGGGGACAAACCAUAUCACUGCCUGGAAUGUGGAAAGAGUUUCCGUCACAACAUUGGCCUUACUAUACAUCAGAGAAGCCACACAGGAGAGAAACCAUAUAAAUGCUUGGAAUGUGGAAAGAGCUUCUGCAAUAGCUUAAGCUUUAUUAUACAUCAGAGAAGCCACACAGGAGAGAAACCAUAUAAAUGCUUGGAAUGUGGAAAGAGCUUCAGUCAAAGCUCCAAACUCACUUCCCAUCAAAGAAUUCACACAGGGGAGAAACCCUAUAAGUGCUUGGAAUGUGGGAAGUGCUUCCAUCAGAAGUCAAAUCUUACUUCCCAUCAAAGGAUUCAUACUGGGGAGAAACCAUAUAAAUGCUUAGAAUGUGGAAAAGGCUUUAGCUGCAAGAAAAGCCUCACUUCCCAUCAAAGAAUCCAUGUACAAGAGGAAUCAUAAAAGUAUUUGCCUUCAAGUUUUUAAUAUGCAGUUGGAUGCAGACUGUGUUGUUGGAAAAAGUUUUGUACAAUUGGAAAGCUGACAAUAUGCUGUUUAAAAAAUAGGGGAGGGGGAUUAGAGACAAUAGACAUUUGUGUGUAUUAAGCACUUAAAUGACAGGCAACAUCAGGGACAACAUGUUCACAAAUUAUGUAAGUGUUGAAACAAAUCGCCCAAAGUGUCCCCAAGACGUGUUACUAUUUUCUCCAGAUUGGCCAAGUUAUUAAUUUUAUCUCGUGUGUGCCCUCCCUCUCAGUCAUUACUGAAUGUGGAUGUAUCUAUUGUAACACAAGUAUAUGUUGUAAAACAUAUUCUGAUUAUAUUUACUGUUAUUUACACUAUGGAGGUAAUGGAGGCUUGAAUCUUCAUAACAUGGCUACUCAAAAACUGCAGUCGUUGAACCUAAUAAGGAACUAUAAAGCAGCGUUUUUAGGUCACAAGGAUCAAAUUGCAGUGGAACUGCAAGAAAACGUCCUAGAAGAUUUCCCAACAUGUUUAAUAUUAUCUGUUAUUGUUUUUCUGCAGUUCAACUUUUUGAAGCUGGGGUGUGUGUUAUACUGAGAAGUGCUUUAUAUUCUGGCAAAUGUGGUGAUUAGUGCAUUGAUUAUAUUCCGUGUUACUGUAUUGUAUUGGUAUUUUAAUUUUGUACCAGUAUUGUAGUAGUACAGAAACAUGGCCUCAACAAAGUUCUUCAUCAGUGGAAA